UCAACCCACCGCUAGUAGCCUGCUUCGGAGCAUUCCUCUUCGUUCAGUCCACAUGCAUUCAUUCUCGUUUCGCAAAAGGAGGUGUAGUUUGUUCGAUUGUUGCUGCUGAAAGGGGUUGGACAAAAAUAUUUUUCACCAUGAACAACUGUAAUAGCUUCGUCAACAUGGCGUCGAUAGGAGAUUUCGACCCGCUCAAUGCUUCCAUCCCCGCCACCAAAGUUGAAAUCACAGUGUCUUGCAGAAAUCUGCUGGACAUGGAUACCUUCUCCAAAUCAGACCCAAUAUGCGUUCUCUACACACAAGGCAUCGGCAAUAAGGAGUGGAGAGAGUUUGGAAGGACAGAGGUGAUUGAAAACACUCUCAACCCGGAGUUUGUUCGUAAAUUCAUCUUGGAUUAUUUCUUUGAGGAACGACAGAAUCUGAGAUUUGACCUGUACGAUGUCGACUCAAAGAGCUCCAACCUGUCAAAACAUGACUUCCUUGGCCAGGCGUUCUGUACGUUGGGAGAGGUGGUGGGAUCGCUGGGCAGCCGUAUGGAGAAACCUAUGGCGGGCAUUCCCGGAAAGAAGUGUGGAAACAUCAUUGUUAAGGCAGAAGAGAUGGGAAACUGCAGGGAGUCAGUGAUGAUGCAGUUCUGUGGGAAUAAACUGGACAAGAAAGAUUUCUUCGGCAAGUCAGACCCAUUCCUCGUCUUCUAUCGCAGCAAUGAAGACGGCACGUUCACAAUCUGCCAUAAGACAGAGGUGGUGAAGAACACACUAAACCCAGUGUGGCAGGCCUUCAAGAUACCUGUCAGAGCACUCUGCAAUGGAGACUACGACAGAACGAUCAAGAUAGAAUGCUACGACUGGGAAAGAGAUGGAAGCCAUGACUUCAUAGGAGAGUUCACUACCAGCUACAGAGAGCUAUCCAGAGGCCAGUCCCAGUUCAAUGUGUAUGAGGUUAUGAAUCCGAAGAAGAAAGGAAAAAAGAAAAAAUACCUAAACUCUGGAACGGUAACUCUGCUCUCAUUCCUGGUGGAUAUAGAAGUCACCUUCCUCGACUACAUCAAAGGAGGAGUGGGCCAAGGAGGGACCCAGAUUAAUUUCACAGUGGCAAUUGAUUUCACCGCUUCAAACGGCAACCCAGCCCAGCCCACCUCCCUCCACUACAUGAGUCCCUACCAGAUGAAUGCCUACGCCAUGGCCCUGAAGGCUGUAGGGGAGAUCAUCCAGGACUACGACAGUGAUAAGAUGUUCCCUGCUUUGGGCUUCGGAGCCAAGCUGCCCCCCGACGGACGGGUCUCACAUGAGUUCGCCCUGAAUGGCAACCCCCAAAACCCAUACUGUGCAGGUAUAGAUGGAGUGAUGGAGGCAUAUUACCAGAGCCUGAAGUCUGUCUGCCUCUACGGCCCAACCAACUUUUCUCCUGUCAUCAACCAUGUGGCCAGGUAUGCUGCGUCAGUGAAUGAUGGCUCUCAGUACUUCGUCCUUCUCAUCAUCACAGAUGGAGUCAUCUCAGACAUGGCCCAGACCAAGGAGUCCAUCGUCAACGCAUCGUGUCUUCCCAUGUCAAUUAUCAUCGUAGGGGUGGGACCAGCAGAAUUUGAUGCGAUGAUCGAGUUGGACGGGGAUGAAGUGAGGAUCUCGUCGAGAGGAAGAUAUGCGGAGAGGGACAUUGUUCAGUUUGUCCCGUUCAGAGACUACAUCGACCGGACAGGGAACCACAUCCUGAGUAUGGCCCGUCUAGCCAAGGAUGUCCUGGCUGAGAUCCCUGACCAGUUCCUCUCCUACAUGAGGACCAGAGGCAUCAAGCCCUUGCCCACACCCCCUCCCUACACACCCCCAGGGUACCCUGUCCAGAGCCCCGAUGGACACCCAUUAAAUACCCCCCCAGGACACCCCCUGCAGACGCAGAUCUGAAGGGUGCGGAGAUGCCCCAUGGUCUCAAACAACACCUCUUCAAAUAUGUAUUUGUCUCUCUCCUCUCUGCAUCACUCAGUGAUAGGAGAGGCCUUCUUGGCUUUCUCGCUCUCUCUCUCAUUGCACUAAUGGAGAUUGACUGACUGGCAGAAUGUUCUUACUGAGCGGUUCUACUUUGGAACGAGCAGAUGGAGUCAAUAAGGGCAUGUUUACUUUCAUUGUCAAGCGUUCCUCUGUCUGGACUUUCUGUAUAUCGGCAAAUGGAGACACUCUCUGGGACACAGAUAGACAGAGUCUGGUCUUCCCAGCUCACCUGGCAUGGAAUAGCAGAGUUAAGGAAAGGAUGAAUGGUGGAAGAAUGAAAGGAGGAUAGGAAGGAAUUUCCUGGGGACUGGCCUUUUCAGGAGCAGAGUGGCGAAAAGGUUCUAUUGUCUCUGGAUGUGUAAUCACUUGACUGUUGUACUGGAAAUGUAUUUCCUUCUUUCUCCCUCUAUCUCUGGUCUCUUUCUAUCUCUCUCCCUCUAUCUCUGGUCUCUUUCUAUCUCUCUCCCUCUAUCUCUGGUCUCUUUCUAUCUCUCUCCCUCUAUCUCUGGUCUCUUUCUAUCUCUCCCUCUAUCUCUGGUCUCUUUCUAUCUCUCUACUCUAUCUCUGGUCUCUUUCUAUCUCUCUCUCCAUCUCUGGUCUCUUUCUAUCUCUCCCUCUAUCUCUGGUCUCUUUCUAUCUCUCUCCCUCUAUCUCUGGUCUCUUUCUAUCUCUCUCUACUCUGUCUCUCUAUUCUUCCAACUCUCACUCAAUGUUUACAGUACAUGUUAAUGAUAAUGAUUUUUUAUCAUUGGACACUUUUAUAUAAUAUUCGUACUUCUUUCAGUAUGAAACUUUGGAAUAUCAAUCGAUAUUCUCUCUAUCUCGCAGCGUGUUGUCUUUGCCACGGGAGUCAGGUUGAGGUUGCAACAGUGCAGGUCCAAGUAGCCACUGUAUUGUACUGUACUAUACUAUGUGUCCGUUUGCAUGAGUGUAUCGUCAGAGCAUGCAUUGUGGUCCUACACUUCCCUGCCUGUCACUGCUCUCAGUCUUUGGGGUUCCAUGUUUUUAACUUUUAACUCUGUUGUUGAAGCGCAUUCUGCUCCUUUCUAAACUGCCUUGGCGAUAGGGUGCCCAUGCCAGCCACGCUGCGAGUGCCCACGGGUUUUCUCACUGUGUCGAGAACAACAGUGACUCAACCAACAGCAUAUUCCCUUCCAAUCCAUUUAAAUAACAACACCUGCUCUCAGAUCCAGUUUGAGACAACAGCAGAAGCCCAGUGGUCAAAAACAGUAACACAAAUGCUUUCCGUCUCUUUGGUUCUUGUUCUUUUGUGUUAUUAUUACUUUUACAUUUGAGUCAUUUAUCAGACGCUCUUAUCCAGAGCGACUUACAGGAGCAAUUAGGGUUAAGUGCCUUGCUCAAGGGCAUGUUGACAGAUUUUUCACCGAGUCGGCUCAGAGAUUCGAACCAGCGACCUUUCGGUUACUGACCCAAUGCUCUUAACCGCUUGUUUGCCUUGGAAGCUGAUAUUCUUAAGUAUAUUGUUUUAAGUUGCCUUGUUAAGGUUAUUUUAUUGUUUUGAGUUGUGCCAAUAAAUAUGUAAUAUUAUUUAAUUGUUAUAAUGUUAAGCCCUGAAUGUGUUGGCCCUAGAUGAUGGUGUCUGGUGGUUGUCAUGACAACAUGUUCUUCCUAAAUAUUGUAAAUCUCAUCCCAUAAUACCAAUUAACAAAUACCCACUGAGGGCUAGGAGUUUUUCCUCACGAGGAAAAACUCCUUGCCCAUAACCAUUAUACACAGUCAACCCUCUCUUACUUCUUACAGCCAGGGUAUCCUCUUCAAUCUGCUGUCUUAAUGGGCUUAGAGUUUAUAUCAUCUGCCUUUUAAUUAUUAAUUAAUUAAUUAUUAAUACUAAUAAUUAUUAUCAUAAUAUAACUAUUAGCUAGUGCUUAUAUGGAGGUGCUGUGUAAUUGAUAACUUGAUUGGUUGCAUAUCAAUCAAUACUCCUUAUCAAAUUAACAGACAUUGCAACACCACAUUUAUGUGUUUCGCAGUUGUUGCCAUUUGUUGCCAUUUUCAUGUGUGUGCCGCUGUCGGUCUGUUACCUCUCUGUCUGUUGCCAUAUCAUUACUGAUCGACCGAUGCCCUUUGCCACACUUCAACCACAUAGCAACACCUCUGUUUCUCUCUCUGUGUAAUUCCUCCUCCUGCCUCACUGCAGCUCUGUGGACGCUGCCUCACAGAGUGCAAUAGACUGUGUUUCAAUGCUUAAAUAGGAUUGACUCCAAGCCAAUAAUAUUUGGCAUGGCAGGAGGAGAGGGGGAUGAGAGAGGGGGAUACAGCCCAGUGGGUUAUGUCAUUGGAGGGUCGUUCCAUGUCAUUUCAUCAUUCUAUGUCAAUGUUAAAGGAAUAGUUCACCCAAAUUACAAAAUUACAUAUUGGUUUCCGUACCUGUAGGCAGUCUAUGGACAAUUACGACAGCAUCCCAUUCUUUGGUUUUGUUCACCUGGCCACUGUUUUGAAUUCUAACUUUUUAGCAUUUGUCGCACAAAUCCAAUGCAAGUCAAUAGUACCUAUAUUAGCAUUUCCGUGCUUCAUAUCCAACUCAUCUUUGAUAACGUAAUUGAUUUGAACACGACGUGUAAAAAUACCAAUAUAUAUCCUCUUUCUUGUGUGUUUUGAGGUGGAACGACCCUGGACAGAAGUAGACAAACAGGUCAACCCUCUGAUGUAGUCAUACGAGUAUGGGCAUUAGUGCUACAUGCCUGAGUCAACACAGUGCCAAACCUAUACAGAGAGAUGUUGGCUAGCCUAGAAAGAGAAUAACCUCACUCGGUAUAUUCAACAUGACAGUCUGUCAUUUUAACCCAUACAUUUUACACAACAUAUAUUUGAUAAGAAACCUCUGCCUUGUUUAAAAAAAGACAUACAGUAGACACACACUGUAUUUUUAUUUUCUCGCGACUUUCACUGAUGUCUUCUUUUGUCGUGUUUUUCUCACAAAUUUGAAAGCCUUCCAUAAUUGGCGCUCUGCAUCUGUAGUUGUAGCCUAGCCUCGAGUCUGUGUAUCAUAUGAAACCCUAGCGAAAUCCAUAUAGUGCACCACGUGGCUCUUGUCAAAAUAAAUGCAUUAUGUGGGGAACAGCUAGUGUGUUAUUUGAAACCCAGCUUGUGUGAGUCUGUGCUGCAGUCUCCCACUGAGCUUGUAGCAGAGCAGAGCAGGAGGUAUCAUUAGGACUUUGGGUCACAGUCUAGAGAUCGUUAUAGGCUCCCAUUAACCACCCACAGGCUACUGACACAGUGUGGAUACACACGUGUGCGCGUGCAUAUACACAGGCACACGCACACCGCUCGCACACAGACACACAUACUGCCGAGACCAUGGUCACCAUCGUGGACUACUGACAUUGUCAUUUCUUAGUGCUUUCUCAGUUCAAACUACUAUGGAAAGGAUCAUUCUUUUGUUUCACUGCUUUGCUAGUGCCACAACUCUUGCCAUCUGCUUGCCGUGUGUGUAUGUGGUGUGUGUGUGUGUGGGUGUGGGUGUGGGUGUGGGUGUGGGUGUGGGUGUGUGUGUGUGUGUGUGUGUGUGUGUGUGUGUGUGUGUGUGUGUGUGUGUGUGUGUGUGUGUGUGUGUGUGUGUGUACUUGCCGCCAGAGUCUAACAGACCAUGUGAGUUGACACACGUGAUCUUUGUUUACUAAAGAUAUACAAAUAAUAUACUGUAUGCUCAUCAUAUCUACUUAUAAUGUGCACUAUGUUUGCAUGUACAGUUUUACAUGAGAUGCACCAGUUGUUUUUGUUAUAAUUGGGUGUUUUGGAAAAAGAAAAUCUAUGAAAAUAACUGUACAAAAUUGCCUUAAAAACGUUCACUGAUUUCUUGGAAUUUGUGCGAUGCCUUCAGAUAUUGACUUGUUCUCUAUUUUGUGUCAGUGUACAAUAUUUGCUUUUCUAGUGUAUAUUUUCUUUGCAUAACUUCAUGUAUGGGGGAAAAAAUAUAUUGUAUUUUUGGAAUCGGUGGUAAAUCAGAUAAAAGCCUGACUGAAGUUCUGAUUGUCUGGUAAUCCAUAUUAUAGAUGACUAUUUCUGUAUUAAACUACUGAUUUUUAAAUAAAUAUUCUUACUAAACACUAA